AUAAUUUCCAUAAAUAACCGCAGCAAGCAUACCGUUAAGCCCUCUCUUCCUCGAGCUUUCAUUAUUCAAACAAACUAUAGCUUGUUCUCUCGAUCAUCAUGGGAGGUGAGAAACCUGCAUGGUUGGAGGCCCUGUAUCUGCAGAAAUUCUUCGAGCCUUGCUCAAUUCACGACGCAGCAAAGAAGAAUGAGAAGAAUAUAUGCUGCUUGGAUUGCUGCAACAGCAUCUGCCCCCACUGCGUCCUCUCCCAUCGCUCCCACCGCCUUCUGCAGAUUCGCAGAUACGUCUACCAUGAGGUCGUCCGCUUGGAGGAUCUUGAGAAGCUCCUGGACUGCUCCAACAUCCAGGCGUAUACGAUCAAUGCUGCGAAGGUGUUGUUUAUAAAGAAGAGACCUCAAAAUAGGCAGUUCAAAGGGGCUGCAAACUACUGUACAUCUUGUGAUAGGAGCCUCCAAGAGCCUUUCAUCCAUUGCUCUCUCGGUUGCAAGGUCGAAUUUGUGCUGAAGCACUACUAUGAUUUAUCCCAAUUGUUGAGAGUGUGCAAGACUCUCCAACUUGGUCCGGACUUCUUCAUCCCUCAAGACAUCGGCGACGAUGAGACGACAAACGAGACACCCCAUUCGACCGUGGUGGACAGUAGCGACGAGCCCCUGAGCUCAUCAUCGGGCUCAUCAGGGUCCCACAACAUGAGCUUCUCGUGCACCGGGUUCGUGAGGAAGAAGAGGAGUGGGCUUUAUGUGUGUAGAAGAUUGGCUAAUAAGAUAAGGGGAGAGGACAUGGCCACUAGCAUGAGUAGAAGGAAAAGAGUUCCUCAUAGGUCACCUUUGUGUUAGGACAAUAAAACAAUCAAAUAAUAAAUAGUUAAUGAUUAUUAAAUUACUCAUUUUUUGGGGGGAAUUCCAUCAAGAUUAUAAAGAAUCAUAUGAGUUUCUUGAGACAUUUUGGGUUAAUUAUUAAUUAAAAUACUUUGUCGGGUUGGUUUGUCUUAAUGGCAUCACGUGGUUUCCCAUUUCCCAAGUUAGGGUUUUGUACAUUUUUGCAAAAUUCAAUUCUCGAAAUAUCAAUAUUGUUGUAUGGUGAUUGUAUUGAAUCGCUUUGGGUGUU